CUUUAAUUUCAUGAUCUUAUCCUUCUUUGACUUGAUAUAGCCUACUAUUGUUGACUGCACAUCACCAGCACCUGAGAAUCAAAAGGCUGUGCAUUGGGACUUCUUUCUUUUUAGUAUCAAGUAGACCAAUCCCUUUUUUUAAGUUUCGUUUUCAAAGGAAUAGAGUAUACAGGGCGUUUACCACACCUUGGUUAAAAGCCUUCCACUAGCGCUAUCAUUUAUCUCCUGCUUCCACGAUGGGCUACGUUUGCAUUCUCUUCGUUCUUUCUUUGACAAUAUCUACCGUUGGGGGAUUAAGAUGCUUCGCGUGUAUCUCUGGAGACUACCUCUCCUGCUUUAAGCCCGUUGAAUGUCCCUCAUCCAUGGAUCGCUGUUUCACCACUGGCCUUGGGGACACCUUGAUCAAGGGAUGUCAAUUCAGUAGUCUGUGUGCCCUGCCAGGGACUGGUUGCUGCCAAGGCGAUUUGUGUAACUUUGCAAAUUCCAGCAAUAGCAUUGGAUCAAGCUUCAUCCUCCUGCUGUUGUCUACCGCUGCACUGUAUUUCCUCUGAUCAGUGGGUCUGCAUGCACUCUAGAAACCUGGGGCCAGACUAUGUCUGGAGACUAUGUUUGCAUCUAGAUUACAUUUAGGGCCUUAAGCAGAUGCUUUUAUCCAGAACGACUUACAAUUAUUACAUUUGUCGGACGAAAAAGAAACAACAAUAUAACGCUGUUAGGCCUACAGUGAGGAUGUUUCUGUGUUUAUACUUUUCUCAAGAAGAAUUUCUACAAAGUUCCUAAUAUACCUAUUGUUUUACGGAUACUACCAGUGAUUGUUCCAUUUAACCAUUGUCACAUCAUAAAUACCAAUUGAUAAACAAUAAGGCAUAUACGUGUAGCACAGUUGAAAGGAAUGACCCUAGAAUAUGUGAUGCCGUUUCUGUUUUGGACAAGGUAAUUGAAUAGGGGUUGCAAAACAAACACAAAGUACGAGAAAAUAAAUGUAAAUUUGCAGUUUUGUAUGUCUGACCUAGAAACAAAACAGGCGAAAGGCUUGGUUCAACCCAGGCAAAUUUAUUCUAUGUCACAUGGAGGUUAGUACAAUCAUGUUGGAAAGAUGUUAUGUGAACUGAAAAAAAAAUAUGCACGUUCGUGCUGACUUGCUUGUAUUAGUGGAAAUUAUGAUUUAAAUAUUUUACUAAAUUGUUCAUGUAUCACACAUAUUUGAUUGCUAAUGUAAUUCAUACUUAAAUAUUUGAAAAAUAAAUAUUUGUAUUGCUUUCAA